UAUUGCACAGGAUACCUCACGUGAACUUCCAGGGAAUUGUUUAUUUUCUGUAUUCGCAUCUUCCCUGUCAGCAAUCAUAUAAAAAGCCUAGUGUGUAACUUCCUUUGUAGGAUACCUGAACAGUUGCUCUUGUCGUUGAAUGAUCGACCGUUAUUGGUUUUAGGCAACAUAGCCUAAUUUCGCAUCCAUGCCAGGUGAUGUCUUGAAGCUCCCUCGUCCAUUCCUCACCAUGGGGUUUGGAAGCGCUGGCGAGCCUCAACCUCUGCCUCAGGGCGACCAACAUCCCCAGUGGAAAGAGAUGAGCUUCUGCGAGGGCCCACGCCACUCAGAACAGAUCCUCCAGGUGCUCAACGUCUACCGCCGCAGCGGCACCUUCACCGACAUGGUCCUGCAGGUGGACAGCAGUGAGUUCCCAUGCCACCGCGCCAUCCUCAGCGCCGGCAGCAUCUACUUCCGCACGAUGUUCAACGGGCAGCUCCGCGAGAGCCGCCAGCAGCUGGUGCGCAUCCAGGGCAUAGGUGCCUCCACCAUGGAGACAGUGCUCAACUUCGUGUAUGAGGGCAAGGCGGUGCUGGAUGAGGCCAAUGUGGGAAGCGUGUUCGGCGCCGCCGACAUGCUGGGUGUCAGCGUGCUCAGCAAGGCUUGUGUGCAGUUCCUGGAGGAGCGUAUGGACCACUCCAACUGCCUAGGCAUCAUGGACUUCGCUAGCUCAUACCUCAUCACGCCUCUGGCAGACAAGUGCCAGACUAUGUUGUACAGGGACUUUGUGGAGGUCUACAAGCACGAAGAGUUCCUGAGCUUAGCCAAAGAGCGUGUGGUGGAGCUUCUGACCAGCGAGCAACUCCAGGUGGACAAGGAGGAGGUGUUGGUGGAGGCAGUGCUGAAAUGGGUGCACCACGUGCCCGCAGAAAGGAAAGGGGCCCUCCAGGAGCUGUUGGAGCUAGUGCGUCUGCCUCUGGUGGACCCUGUUUUCUUCGUCAAUGUGAUAGAGUCGGACGACCUGGUCCAGGACUGCAGGGAGUGCCGGCCACUGCUGCAGGAGGCCAGGAUGUACCAUGUCCUGGGGAGGGAAGUGGACUCUGUGCGGACCAGACCGAGAAAGUGCAUGGGGAGAGCGGAGGUGAUCGUGGUGAUCGGAGGCUGUGACAGAAACGGCUUCUCCAGACUGUCCUUCACUGAGAAACUCAAUCCUUACACAAAAGAGUGGGUGCCUGGUGCCACCAUCCCAGGAUACUCUAAGUCCGAGUUUGCCAGUUGUGAGCUGCAGAAUGAAGUAUACGUGUCAGGAGGCCAGUUGAAUAGCUCGGAUGUGUGGAAGUACAUGCCCCAGGUGGACCACUGGGUUCGUGUCGCCUCCUUGGGCAAGGCCAGGUGGAGGCACAAGAUGGCUGCUCUGCUUGGAAAGCUGUAUGCAGUGGGAGGCUUCAAUGGGCUGGAGCGCUUGUCCAAUGUGGAGUGCUACAGCGUCUACGACAACCAGUGGCAGACUGUAGCCCCUUUACUGCUGGCUGUGAGCUCAGCGGCUCUUGUGGGCUGCUCUGGCAAGCUCUACGUCAUUGGUGGGGCCGUGAACAAUGACUGCAAUACCAACAAGGUUCAGUGCUAUAACACAGAAGAGGACCAAUGGCAGUAUGUGUCAUCCUGUCCCUUCUCUCAGAGAUGCAUCAAUGCCACCGCAUACAAUAGCACCAUCUAUGUGGUGGGAGGACUCCUGGACCAGAUUUACAGCUACACACCAAAGACCGAUAACUGGAGCAAAGUGGUGGACUUGCCAAUGAAACUGGAGAGCUGUGGCCUGACUGUGUGUGAGGGGAAGGUCUACAUCGUCGGGGGGAGAGAUAGUUGUGCCUCGGCCACCGACCAGGUUUGGUCCUACAGUCCUGAGAGCGGCACGCUGACAGACGAGAAGCCCAUGUCACGCAGCGUCAGCUACCACGGUUGUGUCACUGUCACCCAGUGGCCACCAAAGAAGACCCACUGAGGUGUAGGUGGAAGUUGCCACUAGACGCUGAUCAUGGGUCAGUUAUACUAAUGGUUAAAGUUAGUUUUGGCUCUAACCAGAAUAGAAAGAGGAGUGGGUGGCCCCGGUGUACAUGUUUCUGGCCAUUUUGAGCCUGUAAUCGAACCCACAAAUGCUGAUGCUCCAGAUACACAACUAGUCUAAAGGCCAGUUUUAUCGCUCCUUUAAUCAGAACAACAGUUUUCAGCUGUGCUAACAUAAUUGCAAAAGGUUUUUCUAAUGAUCAAUUAGCCUUUUAAAAUGAUAAACUUGGAUUAGCUAACACAACGUGCCACUGGAACAAAGGAGUGAUGGUUGCUGAUAAUGGGCCUUAGUACGCCUAGAUAUUCCAUAAAAAAAUCUGCCGUUUCCGGCUACAAUAGUCAUUUACAACAUUAACAAUGUCUACACUGUAUUUCUGAUCAAUUUUAUGUGAUUUUAAUGGACAACAUUUUUGCUUUUCUUUCAAAAACGAGGACAUUUCUAAGUGACUCCAAACUUUUGAAAGGUGGUGUACACUUACACAUUUGCUCACUUUAGUGACCUUGCUUCAAUGGAAGGUUUCCUUGAGUGCCUAUUGUUAUUUUUAAAUAAAUGGCACCUUUAGGAACCUGC